UCUCCUGGCCUGGCCGCCUCCCCUAGGGCUCAGGCGUCUCUGGAGCAGCUCCUGCCUCCUGCAGCCUCUUGCCUGACCUCAGAGCCCCUGCGGAGGGCAGGCCCCCAGGGGGCCCUGCCCCACAGCACCAUGAUGGGAAAACUCCCCCUGGGGGUUGUCUCCCCUUACGUGAAGAUGAGUUCGGGGGGCUGCACAGACCCUCUGAAAUUCUACGCCACCAGCUACUGCACAGCCUACGGUCGGGAGGAUUUCAAGCCCCGCGUGGGCAUUCACGAAGGCACAGGCUACAAAUCAAAUUACCGGCCUGUGGUCUCCUACCAACCGCAUCUCGAUGCCCUGGAUAACCCGGCCAUGGGGGAACAAGUCUGCAACAAUUUCCAGACAGUGACCAGUCAGAGUUACCGCCCCCUGGAGGUGCCCGAUGGCACAUACCCACUGCCCAGGAACUUGCACCAGACCAGCUCUGGCUACUCUCGGGAGAAAGCCAGUGCAGUCACCCCCAUCAAGGAGGUGAGGAAGGUCCAUUUUGACACCCAGGACUAUGGGCCCCAGGCCAUCACGGGGCUGGAGCCCAAGAAUGUGCCCCUCCUCCACCAGCAGCAGAACAAGGGCUCGCUGGAGUGGGAGAAUGCCCGACAUGGCCCCCGCUUCAUGACUUCCGAGUAUAAUUCCAAGUAUCUCAAGGAGCCGUCACAUCAGCCAGAUCUCUUGCAGAAGAAUUCAAUUGGUGCCAAGGAGGAGACUGGCUUCACCGAAGAGUCCAACAAGAACCCCAUCGUCUUCCAGCCGCCCUCCCAGGCCCUUCCUGGGGACCCAGUCCUCCUCCCCAGCCGGAGUGUCACCAAGUCGGACUUUCUCCCCAUUUCCCACCCUCAUGGGGAUGAGUUCCUGCCGGUGCUGGCCAGAGGCUCCGAGCGAGAGACGGCCUUCAGCCGAGUGAACGAGAGGACCCUGAAUCCCAGAGUACCCCCUCCCUGCCCAGAACCCAGCAGCAUGAACCAUUGGCAAUUCCAGUCUCCCCAGAGGAUGCAACAGACAAAUGUUGCCCUGCUUGGCCGGGAGACCGUGGGCAACAAGGAGCCCUCAGGGUUCAGCCUUAACAACCCCAGCUAUGUUCGGAGCCCCUAUGACCCUGACAUGGAUAAUCGCUACCUGACCACCUACAACCAAGGAUACUUCGAGAACAUCCCCAAGGGUCUGGACCGUGAGGGCUGGACUCGAGGUGGCCUGCAGCCCCAGAAGCCAGGAGGCUAUGCCCUCAACAACCCGGUCACCCGCCUGGAGGCCACCCCCAACCCCACGGAGAGCCUGAGGCGCCUGCACCCUCACGUGGGCAGAACCCUGAUCUCUGCGGACCCCUUCUACCGAACCGCGCCUCCCAGCGGCCACGGGAGCCGCUUCACUGCGCCCAACUGAGCCUGAGGCCUGGGUUUGCCCACCCCAGAGGACAGGAGCCGACUACUGUCCCUAUUCCCACAUCCCCCCGGGGGCUCCCCGGCUACUUUCUUAAUGAAAUAAAAGCAGUGAAGCCAA